AUGGAUCCAUUCUCCCCGGUCCAUCAGCCGGACGAAGGCUAUUCUGAGGACCCUCUCAACCCCCAGGACGGCUCCGCGCUACUGGCCUCUCUGUCGAGUUUCCAAUCACCUUCCGACCUCGCAGGAUGGAUAGCACGAAAUGCCUCCAUGUUUCCCACCUCUGUCAAAGCCGAACUCACCAUGGCUUUGCUGCAAGAGCUGCCGACAUCUACCAUCGCUGGUAUCGUCCAACGUUUACGACCCAGACUUUACAUUGACUUUAUCAAUCAUCUUCCCGCCGAAAUAUGUCUAAAGAUCCUAUCCUAUCUCGAUCCCAUCUCCCUCGUCAAUGUGCUGCAGACCUGCCGUGCCUGGUACGACCUGGCUCUGGACAGGAAGCUCUGGGAGCACCUUUACCACCUUGAGGGCUGGAAAGCCUUGUAUAAGGAAAUAGAGGCAGAGGAAAAGAGGGUCAACGAAAACAUCAACAACUCCAUUAGCCAAAUGCAGUCUGCCGAUGGCCCUGUCAAUAAGGUCCGCGCCAUCAUGAGCGACGACGAUGAAGAUUUGGAAAUGGUGGACAGCGAGCGUACCCCGAUACCCAAGGAUAGCUUUUCGGGGCAGAGCCUCUUUGGGUCACCCGCCACCUCGUUCUCCUCCAGUCGUCGAGCCAUCACGCCUCUGGGCGACGUCGACAUGUCUAAUUACUUCACCAAGGGGAAGGGUGUUGACCGAAGCUUUGCGCCAACCGACGCGCGGGCGAAGCGGAAAGCCCCCGACAGCAGCCCCGGACCGGCUACUCCCUCAGUUUUGUCGCAAGACUCCAACGCCCACCUGCGGUCCAAGCUAUGGACAUGGGACUGUGCGAGCUCCAAGCACCGACUGAAUUGGAAGUAUUUAUACAGCAUGCGACGUCGUCUAGAGUCCAACUGGGAACUUGGAAAAUUCUCCACCUUCAUGUUCCCUCAUCCAGACCACCCCGAAGAAGGCCACCAGGAGUGCGUCUACACUAUCCAAUUCGACUCACGCUACCUCGUCAGUGGCAGCCGAGACCGCACCAUGCGGAUCUGGGAUGUUCAGACUGGCCGCCUUGCCAGGGCACCGCUCGUCGGGCACCUCGGUUCCGUGCUCUGUCUUCAGUUUGAUGCAGACCCAGAAGAGGAUCUUCUAGUUUCCGGAAGUAGCGACUCUAACGUUUUUAUCUGGAAGUUCUCGACUGGAGAGCUGGUGCAAAGAAUAACUAGAGCACACAGAGAAUCAGUUCUCAACGUUCGAUUUGACAAGAGGAUCCUUGUGACAUCAUCAAAGGACAAAACGAUCAAAAUCUUCAACCGAAGGCCGUUGCGCUAUGGCGACCUUGGCUACGAAACCGUUGGCUCAGUUGCUAUCGCAGUAAAACCCUACGGCUACCAACCUGACCUUGCGCAAGAGCUGCCUGUUAAACCGGAGUUUACCAUGAUUGGCCGCCUGGAUGGGCAUAGCGCUGCGGUCAAUGCCAUUCAAGUCAAGGGCAGGACUGUUGUCUCCGUCUCUGGCGAUAGGCAAAUCAAAGUGUGGGACUGGCCAGACCAGGUUUGCAAGCAAACAAUUCCGGCACACGAAAAAGGCAUUGCUUGUGUAGAGUUCGACGACAGACGAAUUGUUAGCGGCAGCAGUGACUAUGAAGUUUGCAUUUUCGACGCACCCACCGGUCUCAAAGUCGCGUCCCUUCGAGGACAUGCCAAUCUGGUCAGAACGGUCCAAGCCGGCUUUGGCGACUUACCAUACAGCAAAAUCGAGGACGAAGCCGAGGCCCGACUCGUAGAUGCCGAGUAUUUGAAGGCGGUUGAGGCCGGAGAAUUGGGUUCCGAGGGUGACCGCCGCGCUGCUCGUCGAAGUCUACGCGCCAACGCUGGCAGUUCUAAACCGGAAGACAUCCAGGUAUUUGGUGCCAAGGUGCCCCCUGGCGGUGGUGGUGGCCGCAAAUACGGACGUAUCGUGUCUGGUUCGUACGACCAGAGCAUUAUUAUCUGGCGAAGAGACAAGGAGGGAGUAUGGAGACCUGCUCACUACCUACGACAAGAAGAAGCAGCGGAGCUCGCUCAAAGUCUGCACGCUAAAAGUGUUCCAGCGAUACAGGCUGCAGUGAACUCUUCGCAGGCGAACCUUCCCCUGCACCCCCCGGCCGCCGUCGUUCACCAAGGCGUGGCCCAACUCGCCCAGCAAGCGCCUGACCCCAAUCCUGGUAACCAGCGCAUCGCAGGUCUCUAUAUGGCUUACAUCGAUCGAGUUGUUCCCGCAGGUGUUGCGGCGCUUGAACAUGCUCUGGCCAAUUAUCCGGGGAUGCUUGGGUUCCACACGUAUCUGCAGUCCACCAUUGAAAGAGAGGUCUCGCCACACCUGCGACAUCAGCUCCGACAAGCUGUGACAAACGCGCUGGCCACUAUCCAGAAUGGUCGUGUCCCACGUCCCAGACGAGAACCAUUUGCCGCUUCAGCAAGCUCAUCAGCUGCAGCUACUGCUGGUUCUUCAAGCGGCACUACGACUGGCAGCUCAAGUAGGAGAGUUGGAGCACCAUCAUCGGCUGCUGAAUCAUCUGUCGCGGCGCAAUCAUCCAUGCAACCGCAACCGCAGCCGCAACAACAGGCCCAGCAAGGUGGGCAAGCGGCUUCAGCUUCAACUGCAAACCAAGUCCACGCGCCGGUCCCAGCACCAGCCGUGCCGUUCCAAGUGGCACAGGCUGCCGCCUCAACGCAUCACCAUCACCAUCGCCAUCAUCAUCACCACCACCCGCAUCUAACACCCGCCGAGAACGCGCCGGCCCGCGUCUUCAAGCUGCAAUUUGAUGCUCGCAAGAUUAUUUGCUGUACACAGUCGCAGAUCAUUGUGGGCUGGGACUUUUGCAAUGAUGACCAGGAACUGCAAGAGGCCUCACGCUUCUUUGCCACCGUCGACUGA